CCAGACAGCAUAGAAAACAAGACUGAAAAGUUAUUCAAAAUUUCUGUUGUGAACGAACCGCGAGAGAUGUCGUUGGGCAGUGCAUUUCAAACGCUCUGCGGGGCGCUCUUCGAGGACUCCAUGACCCUCGUCUGCUCGGCCGUGGUACCGGAAUCGCUGACCAAGAAAUACCGCAAUCGGAUGAUCAGCCCCCGGGAUCCGUACAGCAUCUAUCAGCUGGAUAGUAUCAAUAGCAGCUAUCUGCUCGUCUUUCAUUUCGAGGAUAUGCCCGAUUGCCGUACCAUCCAGCUGACCGAUAUGCAUAAUCUCAAUUGCACGAGUCAUACGGGUGAGGAGAAGAACUUGUAUUUCGGCUAUAGCCAUCGGAUGUGCUAUAACUAUACCUUGGAUCUGACCACGGAACUCAAGCAUCACUGCGGAGCCAGGGGAUAUGAGGAGAAUAUGCAAUCGGGAUAUUAUUACACCAAUCACGAUCCGAACCCCGAUAUUAGGAGUGAUGUGAGCGGUGGUAGUCUCCUGGGAUCGCCAACACUCGUAAUAUGCCUGAUAGUAUCGCUCUUAUUAAUCGCAUUACUGCACUGGAAGACAUCUCGUCUAUAAGGCAGGCAUAUCGGAUAUUUUUCGAGUUUCAAGUCAAAAACAUCCCCUGGAAAAAUGAAGUGCAAGUAUUCUCUUCUCCCCGAAAACUGCAAGCGAAUAGUCGAUAAGGAGUGGGGCUUGAUCUGCAACGGCGAUUAUCCCGAGGAUGCACACAUCCGUUUCAAAGGAUCGUUAUACGCUAUCGGUGAUCCCUAUACGGUUUUCAGACCCCUUGGCGAAGACUCCACAGAUCUGAUGAUCGUAGUUGGUAGCGACGAUUUGGCGUUCUGCCAACGGCUAUUCGUGAUGGGCAUAAAUCUGUUUCAAUGCAUCGGUGAGGACGAAUUGGUCAGGAUAGUCGAGACGAAUCAUAGCCAUGUGGUCUGCAUGGAUUUCUUUUUUCGCAUGGCUCAUGAACUGGAAAUGGCCUGCCAUUCCGGAAAAGUGGAGGAAAAUGCAUUUACCGCCUUGUAUUUUCCAAAUGUCCAAGAGAAACUGGCGACCAAAAGCGCAGGCUUCACAAUCGGUUUCGAUAUGGUUCUACUACUUCUCUCGAUUCUUCUGGCGAUCCUUCUUUUUCUACGUUGGCGAUUGUCAUAAUUCUACAUUUGUUCGAUCAGGUCGUUCUGACAGGCUUCGCCUGUGCUGUAAUUGUCGUAAAAUUGUCCGAAAUUAUUUGUAUAGGUCUCCGAAAUGUUCCGAGAUUUAAAAACAAUAUUUUAUAAUUUUAUUCUAAAGAAUUGUUUCUACAUCUCUGGAACAUUUCCAGCGGUACCAAAAAAUAUAUAUUGUAUGUCUUGUAA